AUGGUCGUGGCACAGCCCAUCUCCAGCUUGUCAUCAGGACACCAGGUCGUAUCCAUCCGGUCUCGACCAGUCCCUGUCAGCUUUGAAGCCUCUGCAUUGGGAGGUGCGAAGCAUACAGCUCAACAGGCAAGUUCCCUCAAUCUUUUCUCAUUUACUUCCCCGUUCUUCCCUAGCUGGAAUUUACCCGAGAGGUCGAGAAAAGGCUCAGCCACGCAGAGGCUGUGCAGAUCACUCGCCACACCGGGUUCAAUGCUGCUGUUAGGUGAUGUCCAGGCCAUUGAAGCCCGUCGGUCUUGCACGCCCAUUGGAGCCCAGUCACCUGUCCGCUGCAGCAUGAUGUGA